UUGAUAGAAGUAGUCAUAUUUACAGGAUUAAACUAUGUUACUGCCUGGAUCAGGCGAAAUAUAUUACUCAUUUUGUUAUGGAGUUGAUACUACGACCUCUACAAGCAGGACGAAGAUCGGAAACAUGUUAUAAUGCAACAAUUCAGAUCUAAGUUCUGUCGAUUCUAAAGUAGACACAUAAUUCCUUUGAUGACGUUCCUGUGAUAUGAUAGUGAAUUGCUAUGACUAUGAUAAUGAAGCAGAAAUUGCUCUUUAGGAAUAUUUAUGUGUGGUAAGAUAUAUCAAAUUACAGAAGGCAGAGGGAACAAUUUAGGAGCAGCAAAGGAAGUGCAGGAAAUGGUCGAGAGUUUUGAACUAUUUUUCAACCUAGAAUUUGUUCAACAAAUUGCAAAAGAGACCAACCAUUGCGCUGUACAGUUUCAAAAAUCGGCGGGGACGUUUGUUCGCAUGGAGCCCUAGCCUUCUCCACGAUCAUAUUUCAGCAAUACAUAAAAUCAAUAACACGUAUUACAUCUGGGUCUUAGCGACAUCUGCUGAUAGAAAGAGGAACUAUUUCUUGCGUCCAGUAGUUUUCCGGCACUGCCCGCUGUUCAUUUAAUAUCUACUGACGGAACAGAAGGCGAAAGUCUCUGAAAUUGUACAAGGUCCAUGGAAAUCUGCCAAUGUUUGUAGCCACGAUUGCUUCUUUCAUCGUCUGAACAAAGUUUAUGGUACACUAACCAAACAUGAUUUGCGUUUAUUUUUAACGCAAAUUAUUUUAAUUGUAUUAAAAUGGCAUCUAACAAUUUGAUGUCUGUCCUUGCUCUUCCAACGGUAUAUAAAGACGCCUAAACAAAAUCAAAUGUUAUGUGAAAGAAACGUAAAAAUAAAAUGUUUAUGACCUCCAUAUGGAACCCACCAACAGAGUUUAAAGGUCACACUGUGACCUGGCAUUCAUUGCGUUAUUCAUACUAUAGAGAUGCUCCAUACUGAUGUACUUCGUAUUUGGUUACAUAUUCUACUCAUUUUGUAAAUAAAAAAUAUGUCAAUAUCAUGGUGUGACUUCAUAGCAGGAUCUGCUGCUGGUGUAUGUGGAUUAUUAAUUGGACACCCUGCAGAUACAAUAAAAGUUCGACAACAGAUAUUUCGGUCUUCAGGAAGCAUACAUAUUGCUAUCCAAACAAUCAAAUAUGAAGGUCUGUAUGGAUUUUAUAAAGGUAUGGGUUUUCCACUGCUCACAGCUGGUGCAUUGAAUUCAAUAUUCUUUGGUGUUUAUGGAAACUGUCUAAGAGCUCUUGAGAAUUGUUGUAAACGGCAUGAUCCAGGGAAUAGUGACAUCAGCAAGUACUGGUAUACAAAUGUGUUUAUGGCUGGUGUAGGUGCCGGUAUAGUCCAGGUAGCAUUUGCUACUCCUAUUGAACUUGUCAAGAUCCAGUUGCAGUCUCAAACAGGAACAUGGGAGAAGCAACACAUAAGGAAACAUGUGGGGCCCAUUAAUUGCAUUUUACAUAUAGUUAAUGAACAUGGCCUACGAGGAUUGUACCACGGAAGUCAUAUAAUGUUGUAUCGGGACUCUCUUUCAUCAGGCCUUUAUGUAUUGACCUACGCUGUAUGUCUGGACUUGUUGCACGGACCUCAACAUGUAUGGACAGUUAUCUUUGCAGGAGGGAUAGCAGGUGUAAUCUCUUGGGCUUCAAUAAUGCCACUGGAUGUUAUCAAGUCUCGUAUCCAAGCUGAUGAUUUAGCAAAUCCUGAAUACAAAGGCAUUGUGGACUGUACAAUCAAGAGCUUCAGGAAAGAUGGUCUGCACGUAUUUGGUCGUGGGUUUGUCAUGUGUUCAUUUCGAUCAUUCCUGGUAAAUGCUGCAACUUUCCUUGGCUAUGAAUGGUCUUUAAGAUUUUGCCAAGAUAUGUCGAAGGACUUCCCCACUCAUCAAGAACUUAAGGACAUACGACAAACAAACUGAACAGAAGGAACAGUUGAUGCAGAUGAACAAGACUGGACCAAAUGCUCAACAGAACCAAUAAAAUUCACAUUAUGAAUAAAAUAUUUUCAUUUGUAUGACGUCUUUCAUAAAUGACAACUAAGCUUAGUACAAUGUAAUGCCUUUGUCACCAAUUUUCAUCAAUUUCAUUUUGGAUGCCAACUGAGCACACAGUUUCAUAAAUGUUACACCUAGUACGUUUCUGUACUAACGAGGGUUUGAACACCAAAUUUGUUCUAGUUGUAUCUAUACAUUUUGAUAUUUUUGUUGAGAUGUUCUGCUUACCUUUGUAUGAUAUAAUGCAGUCCACAUAGUUGAAGGUACUGACUAAUUGCUCCAGUAUCUUGUUAUUGAUUCAAAUUUUGCUUCUAAUAUGGUCUUUGUUGCUUCAAGAUCAAAGUAAAUAUUCUCCUUAUUGUA